GUAGGGUGCAGGGAGAUAACUACUUUUGUUUUUUUUUGUAUCCCAUGAUAACUGCCUGUUGAUGGCUCCUGGAGACGGAAUGUUGGAUAUGAUGCUAAACUUUUCCUUGGAGACAAUGAAUAUUAGUAUUCUGGGGAAUGUCAGUCAAAGCAAUGAGUCCCUGGAGAACAAGACUGACACAGGUCAUCCACCGUUCCUGACAGAUGCCUGGCUGGUGCCCCUGUUUUUUGCCCUUAUUAUGUUGGUGGGACUAAUAGGGAACUCUCUUGUUAUUUAUGUCAUUUCCAAACACAGACAAAUGAGGACGGCCACUAAUUUUUAUAUAGCAAACCUGGCGUCCACAGACAUCAUGUUUCUUGUAUGCUGUGUGCCUUUCACUGCAACGCUCUACCCCCUGCCGAGCUGGGUAUUUGGAGACUUCAUGUGUAAAUUUGUAGCAUAUUUACAGCAGGUAACUGUGCAAGCGACUUGCAUAACACUGACAGCAAUGAGCGCUGACAGAUGUUAUGCUACCUUAUAUCCGCUGAGAUCGCUGCGGCAUCGCACUCCCAGGGUAGCUAUGAUUGUCAGUAUCUGUAUCUGGAUAGGAUCCCUUCUUCUGUCGACUCCUAUCAUUCCAUACCAGAAAAUUCAGAAGGGUUACUGGUACGGACCACGGACAUACUGCAUAGAGCAGUUCCCUUCGGAUGCCCUGAAGAAGGCUUGUAUUCUGUACCAGUUUCUGGCUGUAUACUUAUUGCCACUGCUGACCAUAUGCCUGUGUUAUUCAUUGAUGCUUAAACGGGUGGGAAAGUCUGUAGUGGAACCAACGGACAACAAUUAUCAGGUUCAGCUUCUGUCUGAGAGGACUAUCUAUAUGAGAAGCAAAAUAUCGAAGAUGGUAAUUGUUAUCGUUCUGCUUUUCACCAUUUGCUGGGGUCCUAUUCAGCUUUUCAGCCUUUUUCAAGGGUUUUACCCCAACUUUCAGGCAAACUAUGCAACGUACAAGAUCAAAACCUGGGCAAACUGUAUGUCUUACGCCAACUCUUCUAUCAAUCCCAUUGUAUAUGGAUUCAUGGGUGCCAGCUUCCAAAAGUCUUUCAAAAAAGCUUUCCCUUUCAUGUUUCGGAGUAAGGUUAGGGAUGGCAGUAUAGCAUCUGGGACUGUGAACAACGAGAUUAAAUUUGUAGCAAUGGAGUCAACUAACAAUGAGCUUAAGUGAUUAGACAAUUGUAGAUUUGGAUUCUGUUGUUCUACUUUAUUGAUAAUAUUUUUUUAAAAAAAAUUCAGUUCAGGAAACUUAAGACUUUCUAACAGAGUUGGCAUUUCAGGAGGAUUGGAUAAAACAAAUAGCAGUAUUAAAAACUGGAUAAUUGAAAA